AGGGUUUGGGCAGCCUCUUUGAUAACAAGGACCUUUAUAAGUCAGAGCAGAAGAGAAGUCAGUCCACAAACCCCUGAUCCUUGGAUAAAGAACCUGCUUCUCUGUUGUGCACUGAUCUUCCUCUUGUUCUAAAGAGAUAAACAUGAUUUGGGAAUUAAUGAUCGUCACCCUGUCACUCUCUACAGCUUUAGCCCAUCCUCUGCACAGUGACUCAAGGGAGGCAGCCUGGGUUGACUCAAAGGCUAACCACGUGUUUGACAAGACAGACCUCUCAAAAGACACCCAUGGGAUCUACAAGAGCGUCAUAGACAGCAGUGGUCUUUACACCCUUGAAAGUGAUGACCUGAAGCAUCCCCUUGCAGAGGAAAUGCAGCACAAACUCACCUUAGAGUCAGAGCGUCUGCGCGUCCGUCUGCGCCAGGAGCUGGCCGAGCUGCGGGAGAGGUUGUCUCCAUCCCCAGCACAACUCAGCGCCAUCCUGGACAGCAUGAAGGAGCACCUGAGUCCGCUCACCCAGCAGCUACAGGACUCCUUGAGCAGCAACACCCAGGAUCUGUGCAGCCAGCUCAGGGUGUACCUGCAGGGCCUGGAGAAAACGGCGGCUCAGGCGGAGGCCAGUCCUGCUUUCUACCAAGAAGCUUUCCAGUGGAUUAGUCAAAACCUGGAGCUCAGCAGCGGCCAGCUAUCCAGCCUCAUCAGUGACUUCCAAACCUCAGCAAGUGGUGUGAUUGAACACCUGAAGCAGAAAAGCGAUGCUGAAGAGGACACGGUUGGCUCAGAGGUCUGGCAGGCAGUGGUCUCCAAGCUGGGGCAGGAAUUGAGUUCACUGAGGGAAGAGGUGCAGAGCCGGGUGGGAGCUUUCAGAGCGCAGCUGGCAGCUCUGCUGGAGUCUGCUCAUCCUCCUCAGACUAAUGUUGCAGACAGUUUGGAGCAAUUCUGCCACAACGCAGCUCUGCAGAGUCAGUCGCUGCAGGCCCGGAUGGAGAGACUGUUUAUUGCCGUGGAGGAGGAGGCCGGAGGCGCCUCCACUGUGUCUCAGUCUCUUUCUUCAUCGAUGCAGGAAGGUGCAUCUUUGCGGGAGGACUUCUCAGUUAGGCUAUCUGCUCUGAUCCAGGACAUUAUGCACUCUGUGCAGUAACUAAAACACGCACUUAACAAAAAAUAUCUAAGCAUCCAUCUUCUUUGUUUUGCCAUUGUAUCAGUAUGGAAAACGUCUUGUAAAUGUGACCAAAUAGAAAAUGUUCAGAUGACUCUUUUUUAUCAAUAAGCAAAAGAUAGAGAAAGUAUCUCCUUUUUUAUAAGUUGCUGCCUUUGUAAAGUAUUUUAUUGUAUAAGUGUAAAAGCAUGUGUUUUGUUUUAUUUGCUGUUUGUCUUUUCAGUGAUUUGAGAGUGCAGAACUAAAAUUACUUGAUUCAUUCUUAUUUUAGAAAGAUUAUCCAUAUUUAAAUAAGCCUUUUCAACCACUAUGUACAAGAGAGUUGAAAGAAAAUGUUGGAAGUGGACACAAUGCGUGGCAGGAAGGUUUGCCAUGUCAAAAGGAAAAUUACAAAAUAAACAUCCCAGUUCAAUUCAGUUAUUUAAUCCAGGGCAUGUGUAUUUUGCUCUACGCACUUAGACAAACAAACAUCUGAAGUGACCCGUUCUGAUCAGUUUUCCCUCCCAGAAUUCCUGCUUGUUAGUUUGUCUCUUUGCCAGAGUGGAAAAGUGGUUGUAAAUAUGUCUAAAUGAUUGAAGAAAAUUAGAUGAUAUUGUGUAUGUGAGUAAAUAUUGUCUCUUUCAGUGGCGUGUAAACAUAGUUGUUGCCUGUCAAACGUGUUCUGUCUGAGUUCAGAACCACGAUGAUACUGUUGUUUUGAGUUUUAUUUAUGAAAAGUUAUCUAUAUUUAAAUACAAAUCCAUUAAACAA